UGGUUAUAUUUUUUUAUUGACGUUUAAAAUGGCAAAUGAACUUGCAACAAUCAGUGAGCAGGCAGAGCUGGCUAGCAACUUGAUGGGGGAGGGGAAGUUAAUUCCCGAUUUACUGGGGAAUAUACUCGAAAAUGAUAGUUCCUGCCAGAGCGGCGAGUACGUGCGCGGGCUCCAUGAUCGGCUGAGGCAGUGCGUCCGACGUAACAACGAGAACAUCCAAGAGUCGGUGAAGCUGCUGAAGGAGCUGUCCGAAUUGAGCGACAACACGCUGACCACCAGCAGCAAUACCCCUAAAAUAAAGCAUCUGAUUCGGAACUUUGAGACGAUUGGAGGUGCCAGUCCGGACUUGGGCAAGCAGUCCACUGACAUGCUGGAGAUGCGCAGCCUAUUGCUCAAGUUUAAAACGCUCAACGACGAGGACUUGCUGCGUGACUGCCUGAUGACCUUCAAGUGUGCCAAGGAGAAGUUUGAAAAGCUGCAAACUUGCCUUGAAAAUAUGUGCGGCGCUCCAACCGAGUGCGCGCGUCCCGUUCCAGCGGCAAAGAAGUUAUCGCCCAGCAACAGCGUUAGUCCCAGUCUGCGCGAGAAGAUUUUGGCCUUCAACAAGGCGCUGGGUGAUGGCCGUGAGACGUCCAAGUACUUCAUGGACUGCUUCAGCAGCCGCUGCAGCUUCCACGAUCCCAUGCCAGAGACUUCCGUGGAGGAGAUGAAGCCACCGAUGCAGCCAUGGUCACGCACCAACUCUGGCUACGAGGGCGACAUUGAGAGCGAAGUGGAGCAAGCCAAACAGACCAGCGGCCAAGUUGAUUGAUUUUGCCUGAAGCAUUUGUGGCUAAAU